AUGGGGGUGAUUUCCAUCGUGCCCCACAUGGCUGCACAGCAUCCUGGGGAAGGCAAAAACCAGGCUGAAAAUGUUGGUUUCUUCUCCAGCAACGUGCAGGCUCUGGCUGCGGAGAAGCCUCCGUGGGAUGUGGGGAGGCAGCCGUCAGGCAAGAUCCUCUCGCUGGACAGGCAAGGGGCCAAGAAAGUGCUGGAGAUCUACGUCAGCCGCUCGCUGAGCUGCUGCGAAAACUCGCUAAUGGCCAAAAAAACGCUUCAGAAGAGAGCCGGACGCCGAGGGAGGAAGGCAGAUGGGCUGCAACGGUCGAAAAGUGACUUCUGCGAGUAUUUGUGUGGCAAACCUGGCCCCAAGAAGGACCAGGAGGAGGGACCCAAAGUACCGGACCUGGAUGAGGCUCUGGAUGAUGAGAGCAAAGCUCCCGGGGAGGUCCCUAAAGAGGAGCCGGAGCCCAAGAGGAAAAGCACAAAAAACUCUUCCCAGGGCAAAACCCAACGCACCUGGUUCAAAAGUUUCUUAAAUUUCCUCAUCAAGAAGAGCCCUGAGGAAGCCCUGAAGAAGAGACCCAGCCUCAAGAAGGUUUUCUCCUUCAAGAAGCAUGCGGAGGAGGAGUGGGGAGAGGCAGCAGCUGGGGUGAGGACCAAGCGACCUGGCUGCCUUCCACUGCGGCACAUCCAGGCACCGGCCACGCCAGACGAAGCCAUCAGGAGAAUUGUCGCCCUUCUCCAGAGUGCAGGAGAUGAGCUGGACAGGCAGGUGAAAGAAGACGCACGGCUACGGAUGUUCUUCAAAGACAUGUCCUACAGCUCCUUCAAGAACUUGGCUGAUGCCUAUGUCCACAAGGAAAUGACGGCCAGCAGACCCGACAUCAACCCCCAAGAGAUCCAGUUUGCCUUCACGGUGCACCUCACGGCUAAGGUGGCGGGCAUCUGCAACCAGGCAGUGAACAGGAUCAUGGGCUUCGGCACCCGCUACCUGGAAGAUUCAUUUGCACCCUUGUCCUACAGCAAAAUUCUGCAGGGGACCGUGCUGGGGCUGUGA